GCGCGGUUCACCCGCAUGCGCUACAACUAAGUGCACCACACCUCCCUCUCUCCCUUAUCCCCUCUCAUCACGUUCUCUCUCCCUCCCCUUCCUUCCUCGACUCCGAUCCAGAUCCAGGGCCCUCUUCCCCAUCGCCGCCGGCCACCAUCCCCACACUUUCUCUCCCUUGUCCCGUGGAUCCAUCUCUUCCAUGUCUACCUCCCACACCGUCUCCUCCUUCCCCCAUCUCAUCCUGUUUUUCUUGUUUGGGAGCGACGAGGGGUUGGCGAGGCUGGAGGCGAGCGCGUGGAAGAGCGGGAGCGGGGCCGGCGAGGGGAGGGAACGGAAGAAGGAGAGCGCCGCCGCCGGGGUGGGCGCUGCGCAGAUGCGGUGGAGCGCGACCACGGGGUCGUCCGGUGGGGGCGGCGGCGGGAGGAAGGGGAGCAGAGGCGGAGGCGCAGCGAGUCAAUGAGGCAUCACGUGGCAGAGGAGACGGCGGCUGUCGGGCGGGGGCAUCGCGUGGCAGAGGAGGCGGCGGCUGUCGGGCGGGGGCAUCACGUGGCAGAGGAGACGGCAGCGGCGGCGAGACGAGGGACGCCCGAGCUCCUCGGCCCAGCUCAACAGAAGGUUUUACAGCUCGAGUCAUACUCAGAUAUGCCCAUCAGUUCAGCAACAUCACAGUCAGUGUGCCACGCGCCGAACAAGGAGGUCAAGAGAAGGGUCCACUUCAAGGACCUAGAAGCACUUUUUCUCAUACAUUGGCAUAUCGUAUCAAUGGAGAAUGGGCGACCCAUGGUGCACAUACAGCUUGCUACCGAUGUACCCAUCAGUGGCACAUAUCAGUGCUUUGUUCUUUGGAUGCAUGUACCUGAGGAUCAGUCUAAGUCAAAAGAGAUGAUACACACGUGCAUAUAUAUGCUUAAUUACCUCUGGCUGCGUACACAUGGAUAAGGCAAGAUGGAAGCUCACACUACCGAUACUAAUGUAAGACCAAAUCCGAUCUAGGAAGGGAUAUUGGGCUCUUGGCGCCCCCGAGUCAUGUCUGAAAAAAUCAGCACUGCAGAUUGUUUGGUAAGCUCCGUGAACUCCAAUAGAUGUCCUCAUUAUUUACUUCACAAAUAGCUUAAACUUAUAGAAGAAGCACGCGUUUAUGAAACUUGGAUGGAAGGUGUCAUAGGUAAAAUGAGACGGCAGAUGACUUGAUGCAUUAUGCCAAACCAGUUAUGGAUAUGAAUAGUUCUUUCAUUUAAAAGAUAUAGUUCGCUCCAUGUUUCGGCAGAAAAAUUCAGAGGAAUAAUAUAUAUGUCGCUGUUGUUUUUUUUGCAGGGAAAAUAUAUCAUAGUUGCUAGCAUCUUCUUUUUACGUUAAACAUAAAUAACAUUUUUUUGUGUCCAAAAUAUAUAUUAGAUACUUCCUACUGUAUACCUCAAACUUAGUCGGGAUAGUUCGUAUCUCUGUUCAAGAUGCAUCAUAUAUCACAUGGAGGAUUUUAGAGUUUGUCGAAGUCACACUGAUACGACUUUUGGUGUUGCUUAAAUUUGCAUCAAUGGUUCGAUAUACAAUCAUAGUUAAAUGCUCCUAACAAUACACUGAAUCAUUUAUGGAAUGAUACACUAAAUCAUACUCCACUUUGCACGUUAUUUUUAUUACUAUCUUUGAUUUUGUAUAGGAAUCAACUGGGCACUACUAAAUGCAACAUACAUGGUUUUAGGUAGUGGACUUGCCAAGUAUACAAGAAUUUGACUCGCAAUUUUAUGAAUGGAGAAGGUAGUUUUUUUUGGUAGAAUAUAUAUUUACCCUCAUUAGAGUAAGGUAUGUUACAUAAUAAUUCAGGGCUCUAUGAGAUUCAGUUAUUAGAGAUACAAAUAUUGGUGAUAUGGCCAUGUUAUCAUGUAUACUAUCUUUUUUUUCUUUGAUAUAUAGUGCGAGUACAGAUAUACCAACCACUCCCAAAAUAUAUAACAACUUAAUAGACUAUUUGUGUCACAUAAUUUAAACCAUACAUAAUAUAUGUUAAUUAUCCAAUCAGGAAUUAAUUGAAAACGAAUGUAUCAUUUCCGGCACACGGUAACCAAUAUGCAUGGUUUCAUGUUAUUAUUUCCAAAAAAGUAUUCAGAUUAGUAUUAUAAUUUAUUCUUCCAACCAAUUUAAAAGAAGGUCAGCUUAUAUACAACUACUAAAAUAGGCUAGCCUGUGCAGAUGCACGGGUUGGCAGCUAGUACUUGCUAAUUGAUCUUUUGAGGGGUGCUCAUAUACUUACUCGGCAACAUGGAAAGUUUUCGCAUUUGUUCUAGCUGUCUCUAUGGGUUAGCGACUUAGCAUACAUGUUGUAAUAAGGUUUCACAUUUGCUUCUCUAACAA